AUGUCUAGCAUAACCAUCCCAGCUCGCACAGGCGCCUAUGUCGGCCUCAAGAAGGGCCAAAGACUCAAACUGAUCAACCCACAUGGCAACCAGGUCAUCGACUUUUGGGCUUUUGUCUUCCCAGGAAGUACCGCCGACGACAUACCCAGGAGCUUCAUAUGUUCCCCGCAAGAAGCCAGCGAGGAAGCCGAUGCAACGCCCUUUCCUUUCAGCUCAGGGGUGCAAUACUUUUCAGCGUCCCGGACUCGCUCCAUUCUUUCCAAGUUGAUCCCCUCGGCCGAAACACACGAUGUCCUGUACACGAACAAGUCUGUCCCGCUGUUCACGCUCCUAGAGGACACCACCACGGGCAUCCACGACACGCUGUUCGGCUGCUGCGAUCGAUUUCGCUACCACAAUCUGGGCAUCGACGGCUAUGACCACGGCAGCUGUGCUGAGAACAUGCACAUCGCGCUUCGCGAAGCAGCCGCGGCAGGGCUGCUCGCUGCGGGUUCAAUCUCGACGGAGUGGACGCCCGAUCCUCUGAAUGUCUUCAUGAACGUGCCAAUCACGACGCCACUGGACCGUCAGUCUGGUGGAGGAAAGAUCGAGUGUAUAGCCCCGGAAAGUCGGCCUGGAGAGUACAUGGUGCUAAGGGCCGAGUCGGACUGUGUCGCCGUCAUGAGUGCCUGUCCCAACGACGUGAUCCCGGGAGUAAAUGGCGGGGUCUGUACGGAUGCCCAGUAUGAAGUGUUGGCCUGA